UACAUCCGGUUCAUUCACGGUCUACGCCGAAAUCAAAAUAUUUCCAGAGACAGGGGAUGAAGCUCAAGCCGAGUUCCUAGAUAUCUUUUCCAAGUUCCUUAUACCAGGUCAGAUGGCCGGUCUACCUCCGGGUGACCCUCAGCUGGUCGCCAUGAUCGUAAAUCAUUUAAAAACACAGGGACUUUUUGACCAAUUCAGGAGAGACUGCUUGGCUGAUGUCGAUACAAAGCCUGCGUACCUGCACCUGAGACAACGGGUGGACAACUUUGUGUCUAAUCACCUGUCUAACCACACCUGGAGUCCUCAACUCAACAAGAACCAGCUGAGGAACAGCAUCAGGCAACUCGUGCUGCAGUCAGGCUUGCUGGAGCAGGGAGUAGAUCGGAUUGUCGCGCAGGUCGUCGACCCCAAAGUUCAGCACACCUUUCGGCCGCAGGUGGAACGCGUCGUCCGUCAGUUCCUGUCUCCCGGCAACCACCUGGAGGAGGAGGAGCCUGUGCAUGGGCUUGCACAGGUGCUGGAAAACCAGGAAGCUCAGAUGUCGUCUCCAGCGAUCACCUCGGCUCUAACCUCAGACUCCGCCCCCGGUCAGAGCCAAGAUCCCUCCUUUACAAAGCUGCAUGACGGAGGAGAAGAAGACAUGAGCCUGGUAGAGGAGGAUGAAAAUGAAUCUGAGAGAACAAAAGAGGAGGAAGAGCAGGAAGAGAAGCUCGUAGGAGAUGAGGAUGAGAUUAGCAAGGAGGAGAAGGAGGAGGAGAGCCAGAAAGAGAUGGAAAUGGAGGUGGAUCAGCAGAUAGAGGAGCCUGAGGAGGUGAAGAAAGAGGAGGAGGAAGAUGUGCAGGAGGAGGAAGAGGAGGAGAAGGAAAAGAAAGGAGAGGACGGGAAGGAUAAGAAAGGGUCAGGGAAGAACAGGGAGGAGAGCAGCACAGACAAGCUGCACAUUCAGCAGAAAGCAAGAGAACGACUGAAAGAAGAAUAUUCUCUUGAGGACUCAGAUCUGGAGGGGUUGAGCGACAUCACAGUGAGCUCAGUCCACACAAGCGACCUUUCCUCUUUCGAUGACGAAAGCGAUGACGAGGAACCUCCUUCAGAAUCCACAGAGGAAGGAGAGAUCUCCUCAGAAGAUGAAAAGGUUCAGAAGAAAGCUACAGGAGAGGAAUCUGACGAGAAUAAGGAGAAAAAACCCAGAGGUUCGCGCCAAGGCUACAUUCACAAGCCUUUCCUUUACUCCCGUUACUAUAGCGACUCCGACGACGAGGUGACGGUGGAGCAGCGCCGUCGCUCUGCCGCGAAGGACAAAGAGGAAAGACUGCUGAAGCGACAACAGAACCGGGAGCGUCUUGAGGAAAAGAGAAGGCAGAAGGCAGCGCAGGCAGAGCUCCAGGUAGAAAAGGAAAAGCAGGAGGUUCAGAGACCUCAAGCGAAAGAAGCAAGGAAAGAGAAGAAGGUUCUGGAAAAGAAAGUGGCACUCAGCAGAAAGAGGAAGCGAGACUCACGGAAAGAGGAAGACUCCGGCAGCAAGAAGAAGAGCGACGGAGAUCCCGAAUCCAUGAAGAAAGACGAUGCAACAAAGUCUAAAACAAUCCCUCAGAAGCCUGUUAAGAAGCUGUCCGAAGAGGAGCAGCGGAGGAGGAAGAGCUUUUCCGAGGAUUCGAGCGAGCCACGCAAAAUCCUCGACAAAAACCGUACGCACUCGUUCAUCCUAGAGCUGGAGCUGGGAACCGAGGAGGCGCUCAGACAGAGAGGCAGUGGGAAGAACGAGCGACACGCUCGCAGAGAGAAAGAACGGAAAGAGUCGGACGAGCGAGCCAGGUACAAACAGAAGCCGGAAGGUAAGAAAGGAGGAGAGGCCGUGGCAGAGGAGAAGGAAGGAGUCGGGGUGAAGGGUACAGUCGAUGACAAAGUAGAGAAAAAAGGGUCGAAGGUUAAAGGAGACAAGAAGAGCUCAGCGCCAGCAAGGGAGGGAAGGCUUUCGGUGACAGAGGGAUCGGCCCCAGAGGAGGGAACAUCCAAGGAUUCGAAAAAAGAAAAGAUGCCCUCAGAGACUAUGAAAGAAAAAACAAAAGGAGAGAAGUCACUGAGCAAGACGGACUCCAAACAGCAGCAUCGUCUGGAUUCCACAGAGGAGAGGUCAGAGGGUGAUUCUGAUUUCAGCAGGAAGAAAGACAAGCAAGCGAAAGAUAUUUUGAAAAGGUCAAAAAGUCACCCAGAGGUUAAAUCUCUCGAGAAGGUCAAGGUCAGGCAAGAUGGUGGUGCUGGUAGUAAAGAUAAGAGCUCCACCUCUGAGGCUUCCAAACAUAGCUCAGAGACAAAGAUGAAGAAUUCAGAAGCAGGUCCAAAGGUCAAAUCUGUGUCAGAAAAAACGAGAUCCAAGUCCAGAGACGACUUGAAACCUCAGAGUCCGUUAGUGACCAAGACAGACAAGAAAGUCCAAGGUCAAGAAGCCAAGGGUAAAGCAGGAGCGGCGUCUAGCAAGCCGGAGUUCUCCAAGGAGAAGAAAAAGGAGGGAGUGAUGAAGGAGGACAGGAGAGUCUCAGAAGAGCGUGCUGAGAAAGGCAAGGAGGCGAAGAGCACAAAGAAAACGAGUGAGAAGAAGACAAAAGAGGCAGAGAAGAAGGGAGGAGACAACGAGAACGAAAGAAGAGUCUCAGAAGCUGAUGAUCUAUCUUCAAGUUCCUCGGUUCCAUCAGCAGCUGCCGAAGAGAUACAAACCGGAGAUGAAAUGGCUCAAGUGCAACAAGAGUCCCUCACAGCAUCUGACCUCACAACUCAACAAGACUCGGAUUCUCCUGGUGAAUCACAUCUCAAAACCCCACAGGUCUUGGAGUCCCUUACAGAGUCUCAUGUCUCAACCCCACAGGGUGUCGAUUCUGCUGCAGAGUCUGAUUCCACAAACCAAUCCAACUCGGAGUCUAUUAAAAGGUCUGAUCUUACUUCAGACUCACAAGCCAUGGAUACUGGGUCUGAUCUCGCAGGCUUACAAUCCACAGACUUGGAGUCUAAUCUUACAGCCCAACAAAGCAUGGAUACGGAAUCUGAACCUUCAACAUCACAAGCCAUAGAUACAGAGUCUGAUCUUGCGUCUCCACAAGCCAGUACUGCAAAAUCUGAUCUCGCAUCACCGCCUGUCUGUGACGCACCCACAGAGUCUCCUGAAGAAUUACAAAGUGAACCUACAGAGUCUGAUCAUGCAAUUCCACCACAACCCUCAGUUUCUGAUCUUACAUCUUCUGAUUCUGAUCAGACGUCUGAUCUCAUGAACUCCUCAGAGCCUGUUCCUGAAACGACAGACAUAAAAGCAAACACUGACCUCGCGCUCCCUCAGUCUUCAGACUCCACUCCAGCGACCAUUCUCAUGGUCCCCGAGUCCUCAGACUCCAUCCCAGAGUCCGAUCUCACAGUUGCCCAGCCCUCAAACUCAACUGAAUCGACACUCUCUCAGGGUUCAGACGUGCUUCCUAAUCCGGUUCCUGCCGAUUCUAACAGCACCUCCGUCCCAGACGACAUGUAUGAUGCCCUGAGUGACAUCACACCGGAUCCUGACGACGACGAAGAGGCCGCCAUGAGACUGUCCGAGAGCCAGCCUCAGCCCCGUCCCAUUCCUGCAGAGGCAGACGCCCUCCUGUCCUUGAUGGAUGUCUGUGCGUCUGCAGCUGUACUUAACACCGCUGUUGCGUCUGAUGGACAGGACGCUGAGAGUUCGUUCCGGGAUGCGGAUAUCAAGAUGAAGGAAGCGGCGCUCACUUUACUCUCCAUGGAUCCCGAUCAGGCAAUUUCGCCAAGUUUUAUUGCUGAAGACGCUCAUGGUCCUGAGCAGCCUGUGGAGUCUUCAGCAUCGGAUCUGAUGGAUGCGACGCGUGCGAAAGAAUCACCGAAAGAAGCCGCAAAUGAGUCUGAAAGCGAAUCUUCUGCACUUGACUCAGAGGCAGGAGACAAAAACAAUGAAGCUUUAGCUAACACAGCCAUUGAAGACACAAUGUCAGAGGACAUGACAUCCGAGAUCAACAACGAUGAAACUGAAUCAAAAGCAACGUCUGAUGAAAUUUAUGCUAAUGAUGAACCAGCAGGAGAAGCCGCUGCCUGCCAAAUACAUACACAGAGUCUGAGUGAACGCAUACACACAGCUGAGGGCACAAAGAGUGAAACAGAGAACAUGGUGCAAGAGGCCCAGGCACAAGUGGCGGAGGUCCGGGAAGUGGAGGCUCGGGAAGCAGAGGCUCAGGAGGUAAAGGCACAGGUGCAGGAGACACAGGCGCAGGAGGCACAGGCGCAGAAGAUACCGGAGGUUCAAGUACUGGAGGCAAAAACGCAAGAGCAGGAGCUCCAGGUGCAGGAGACAAAUGCACAAGAGCAGGAGGUACAGAUCCAGGACGUGCAGACCGAAGAGGCAGAGGAGCAGGAGGCACAGGAAGCACAACUUCAGGAGAUACAGGCACAGGAAGCUCUGACUCAUGAGGCAAAGGCACAGGAAAUGCAGGAGUCCCAGGUGCAGGAGACACGGGCACAGGAAGUGCAAGCUCAGGAGAAGCAGGGUCCAGAGGAACAGGAGAGACAAGUGCAGAAAGCCCAGCUGGAGGAGGCUGAGGCUCAAGAAGCACAUGCACCAGAUGCCCAGACGCAGGAGGAAAAUGCACCAGAUGCCCAGAAGCAGGAGGAAAAUGUACCACAUGCCCAGACGCAGGAGGAAAAUGUAUCAGAUGCCCAGACGCAGGAGGAAAAUGCACCAGAUGCCCAGACGCAGGAGGAAAAUGCACCAGAUGCCCAGAAGCAGGAGGAAAAUGUACCAGAUGCCCAGACGCAGGAGGAAAAUGUAUCAGAUGCCCAGACGCAGGAGGAAAAUGCACCAGAUGCCCAGACGCAGGAGGAAAAUGCACCAGAUGCCCAGACGCAGGAGGAAAAUGCACCAGAUGCCCAGACACCGGAGGAAAAUGCACCAGAUGCCCAGACACCGGAGGAAAAUGCACCAGAAGCCCAGACGCAGGAGGAAAAUGCACCAGAUGCCCAGAUGCAGGUGGCAAGUGUGCAGGAAUUGCAAUCCCAGGAGGCACAGACGCAGCCAGCACGGAGAGGUCGACGUCCUAAAUUGGUUAAACAAACCAGUAGUGCGUCAAAGUCAGAUGGACAAGAAGAGGACAGAUCCGAUGUGUCAGAAGUGGAUGAUCGUCAAGAAGGCAGAGUGACCCGUAAAGGACGAUGGUCCAAUCAGAGAGCAGCGUCCACCAAUGAAACUGCAUCCAAAGCUCAAACCAGUCAGAAGGCCAAAGACACGGAGGCUAACAAACAGUCACAGAAAAAUAGUGAGGAUGAGGAGGUUGAAGAAGGAAGCAGAACAACACAGCAAAGAUCAUCUAAGGUCCCAGAUGCUUCACAGAAAGAAACUUCGUCAAAGCGUGAAGAGGCGGAGCCGACAGAAGAGGAAGUGGAGCAAAAAGAGGUGCGUAAAGGAAGGCGUUCUGGAGCUCAGGCGGCCACCGUGGCAAAACCAGCACUGAGGAGAAAGAGGCCUGACCAGGCAGAGGAUCCUGUGGGAAAAGAACUUGCAGCUGAGGAGAAAGAAGAGGAGCCUGCGAAGAGAGCACGACAAGAUAGUGGGAGUGUGACCGAGGAAGAAGAGGAAGGAAAAGAGGAUAAAGACACAGAGAGCUCUAAAGAGAAGGCUGAGGAAGAGGAACCCAUGAGAAAGACUCGACGUCGAGGCAGAUCCUCAAAAACCACUGCUAACGUGGAUGACUCGGCAGCCCUAGAGAAGAGAGAGGGAGGAACAGAGACCGGAGAAGAGGACGAAAAACAGGAAGAGGAGGAAACCAAAAUUAGGGCCACAACACGUUCUGCGUCUCGGCUGGAGGCUGAGAAAAAUAAGCCAAGUAAGCCAUCAACCAGAGCAGUGAGCAAACUGAGUGGGAAAGAAGAGAGCUCUCCAAACACACGUUCGUCUCGCUCUCAGAGUGCUGCUGCAAUAAAGGGCCGUAAGGGCGAGUCAGGUUCUCCGACACCUCGGACCCGCGCCGGCCACAAAGCCGAGGAGCCACCCUCGAAGAGAACCAAACGAUGAUGUAAAUGUGUGUAUAUUCUGUGUGUCUGUAGCCCAGUCAGCUUUAUGUUCAUUACGUAUUCCUUGUUUGGUGCAAACAGAGUGGCUUUGUGUGGCUCUUUCACUGUAAUGACAUCGUGGUUUAACGUGAUCACUCCCAGCUGCAGAUGUCAGACGGAGACGUGUUUAUAACCUCCCUGACACUCUCUCCUGCUUUUGACCAACUUCAUGCUCUCAGGAUUGUGACCAAGCAGUACGUUUUAUAACCAGCGUUUUAUGCUUUGUCUCUUUUCUUCCUGUGUUCAAUAUCUCUCGAAGUCACAGAAUAUUUUGAUCUCUAAAUAUAUUUUCAGAAACCACAUUCUGCUGACUUCCAACACAAUCCCAAAGUGUCUUAGAAGGCAUUUUCAGAAAGUUCUAGAACCAAAACACGUCAUCUUUUCUUUACAAUCCGCAACGUGUCCUAGAAACAGAGCUGUCCGAGGUGCUGCGAAGGUUUCUCUGCUUUUGUCAUAGAGUUCCAGCAGCUAUAACAGGAUCUAAGGCACUAGUGUGCAUAAGAGAAGCGUUAGAAUCGGUGCAUGCUCUUAUCAAACCGUUCUCGAACCAUCAUUUCACAUGAUUUGAGGUGAAAACCUUAGUGUUCUGGAUGCAGAAGGCUAUAGAAUUCCAAGAACAAUACCGUUUCCUGUUGACAUGCAUGAAAAGCACAUGAUCUGGAACUCUUUACCAUGCACUGUCCAGUAUUUUUCAGAAAGAACCACGCUGUUAUCCAUUAGAUUUCUAAAUAGUCUGGAAUCAAACUCCUUACAUCCCCAUUUAGGUGAGGAAAUGGGUACUUUGAUUAGCCUUUUGGUUUUAUUUCAUAAGAGGUAUCCAUUUUCCAAUCCUGUGUUAGAUUCUUACACUGAAGGGAACUCUAGACUGCUGUUACUAGACAUGUGCCAAUAAUCAAAGACACACUAUAACAAUUUUCACAUAGAACAUUUGAUAAUGUUGGUCUUAUUGUUUGUUUAUUUUUUCUCCCCACAAAAUCUGGCGAGGUUUAUAACACUUCUUGGGCUGAAAAAAAAAACCCUUCACAGUCCUCGGUACAGUACUAUCUACCCUCCUAGUAAAAAUGUUCUAGGAUCUAUAUGCCUUUUCUUCCCCCUCAAAUCGUACUCAAAUGUUUGCUUGUUCCACGCAGUGAUUGGUUUAUUAUUAUUAUGUAUUUUUGUCAUUUUGUAGUGUGUGUAUCUGCUGAGCCUGUUCAUGUGUUCAGUUGCAUGUGUGCUGAUCCUGUUGGCGUGUUCAACAUGAAGACACUCAUUCUGUGAAUGUAAAGAACUGAGCGAUUUCUUUUAUACAUUUAGCUUUUAUUAUAAAGGCCACUGGGACCA